GGGUUCGCGGGAAAAAUGACGGGUAAUAUCGGUGGAGGAGUCACUUAUUACAAAGUGAUCGACCCGUCUGAUGAUCCUUUGAACCCUAAACCCGGAACCCUUAGAUACGGAGCCACACUCGUCAAGGGCAAGAAAUGGAUCACCUUCAAGAGGAACAUGAAGAUCCAUCUUCAUAAACCGCUUCUCAUCAGCAGCUUCACCACUCUCGAUGGUCGUGGUGUCAGUGUUCACAUCUCCGGCCCCGCUUGCCUCAUCGUUUAUAAGGCGACGGAUGUGAUAAUUCACGGCCUGAAGAUCCAUGACUGCAAAGCACACGCGCCGAGCUCGGUGAUGGGCCCGGACUCGAAGGUGAUCCAACUAGGGCAAGUGGACGGGGACGCGAUCCGGCUGGUCACGGCCAGGAAGGUGUGGAUUGACCACAACACCCUCUACGACUGCCAGGACGGCCUGCUCGACGUCACCAGGGGGACGACCGACGUCACGGUGUCCAACAACUGGUUCAGGAACCAGGACAAGGUCAUGCUCCUCGGACACGACGAUGGCUUCGUCAGAGACAAGGACAUGAGAGUCACCGUCGCGUUCAACCACUUUGGUCCCAACUGCAACCAAAGAAUGCCCAGGGUGCGACACGGAUACGCGCAUGUGGCGAACAAUUUCUACCAAGGAUGGACGCAAUACGCCAUCGGAGGAAGCAUGAGCCCCCGCGUAAAGAGCGAAUCCAACUAUUUCAUCGCACCCGAAUCCGGAUCCAAAGAGGUUACGUGGAAGAAACAAAGCGACGGGGACAAGCUGCAGUGGAAAUUCUACUCGGUGAACGAUUUUUUCGAGAACGGGGCGUCGUUCACGCUCCAGAAGGGCGUCGGGGGCGCGAGGCCUAAUUACAGCGGCGACCAGAGCUUCAGCGUCGCGAGCGCAAGGAGCGUCAAGGCACUGACCAGCUCUGCCGGGGCUUUACAGUGCACCAGAACCUCUGUCUGUUAGAAACAACACUUGAACUUGCUUGUGUUCUUGAGAUUUCUAUUGUAGUUGGUGUUUUUU